AUGCAUGACGAUGAUGACUUCACAUCCGAAAGUAGCUUAGUAUAUCGAUACUGUGAUGAUCCUCCCUGGUACCUGGCCGUGGUCUUUGGAUUACAGCAUCUCCUGGUGACGAUCGGCGGCGUCUACCUGUCGUCGUUAACGCUGUCGCGAUCCCUGUGCGCUGACGAUGACGACAUCCGCGUGCGAGUGGAGCUCUUCGGAAACAUGGCGUUUGUCGCCGGCAUCGCUACGGUGGCGCAGGUGGUGCUCGGCAUAAGGCUUCCUAUAAUGAUGGCUCCAGCGACAGGCUUCGUCCUACCUAUUGUCGCUCUCACUUCGUUAGGAACAUGGGAGUGUCCUAAUAACGCAUCAGAUAUAUUAAAGAUGGAAACGUUCAACCACACGUUUGAAAACAGCAGCGUUAAUGAGGAUUCAAGUGUUUGGAAAACACGGAUAAGAGAGUUGCAGGGCGGCGUGAUGCUGGCAUCCAUUACGCAGGUUGUGGUCGGCGCCUCUGGACUGUUUGGCUUCCUGCUUCCGCGCAUCCGACCGCUGACCGUCGCUCCCACGGUUUUAUUUGGCAUGGUCAUCGUCUGGGUGUUGUGUGUGAUACUGACGGAGACCGAAGCAUUGCCUACGGACACGGCUUCACCAGCGCAAUACGCGGAUCCCGCCUACAGUGAGUGGGCACACAACAGCAAGUGGUUCCACUUACCAUACCCAGGUCAGUACGGCACGCCGACGGUCAGCUCUGUCACCUACGCCGGCUUCGUGCUGUCCACGCUCGUAUCGAUCGUCAACAGCCUCGCCUGCUACCACGCCGUCGCCAGGGUAACGCACGUGCCGCCGCCGCCGGCACACGCCGUCAACCGUGCCAUCAUCAUGGAGGGUCUGUCCGGCAUCCUCGGCGGUUCUAUCACCGGCCUGCCGCUCACCACGCACCCGCCUAACAUCGGAGUGAUUGGAAUCACCCAGAAUGCCAGCCGCUCGGUCGCCGUCGUCGGCGGUCUGCUGCUUUGUUUCUGCGGUCUCUUCAGCCGCUUUUCGUCCAUCCUCGCGGUACAGCCACGCCCCGUCAUCGGCGGCGCCAUCUUGGUCAACGCGUGCGUCAUCUUCUCGUCGGCCGUCGCCUACGCGGCCGACGUCGAUCUGCGCACGCCGCGGGCGACGACCGUGCUCGGCGUCGCCGUCAUGAUGGGCUCCGUGCUUCCUGAUUGGUCGGCGCGAAAUAGCGAUCGCUUGCAGACGGGAAACCAGCAGCUGGACAGUGCCCUGCUGGCCGCGCUCUCAUGCGGCCCGCUGAUCGGCGCCACCGUCGGUUUCCUCAUGGACCUGACGGUUCCAGGUAGUUAUCCCUCGUAG